AUGGUACUUUUCCAUGUGACAGGACACACGAAUCUCAUCACACACUACAACCUGGAGCAUGCUUAUAACAAGUUCUGUGGGAAGAAGGUGAAGGAGAAACUCAGCAACUUCCUCCCUGAGCUUCCUGGUAUGAUCGACAGCCCAGGCAUUCAGGACAACAGCUCUAUGCGCUCUCUCAACUCGUUCAGUCCUCUCACUGGGGCUAUGCUCACCUGCGUCAGGCUACACACUGGUCCUUUACCAGAGCAGUAUAGACUGAUGCAUAUUCAACCACCGAAGAAGAAGAACAAGCACAAGCAUAAACAUCAUCGGCCUCAGGAUCCCUUACAGCCAGAAACUCCGUCCGAUUCAGACCAUAAGAAGAAGAAGAAGAAGAAGAAAAAGAAGGACGAUGACCGACAGAAAGAAAAAGAAGAAAGAUAA